CUUCAGCGCGCUGCUAUAGCUGUGAUAGCAGGUCGCGCUGGGAAUAAUUUUACUACAGGAUUUUGAUAACGAACAUCUUAGAACACGGCAGUGUAGUACAUAACUGAGAAACAAGGUUAGAUGUUUGUAAUCAUGUAUGCCAUUUUGUGAGACUGCAUUUUGCCUGAGUGGUUGUUUUUAAUAUAACUAUUGUGGCCGUUUUGACGUUUUACUUUCUAAUAUAGUUGAGAAGUUUACUUUUUCAGUCUUGUUGAAAUAUAAAUAGCUCGGCCGAAGCGCGGGAAGCAUACUAUAACUCUGAACACUGGAAACAACUUGUUUGAAUGGUUCAUCUAUAAGAAACACAAACUUUACUAGUUUUGGUAGAAAAUACAAAACUUACAUACCAAAAACCAAACUGGUAAACAUAAAACUAAACCGUUCAAAGAGGACGCUGUCCAUCACAAGGUUUUAUCGAACUUUGGAGCGUCGCUAUGGAGCAGCCUGACAGCCACGAUCGGACGCAGAGAUACCCGCACCCGUUUGUACACGAACUGAAACUGACCACCGCGCAGAAAAUCCGGGGGGCAGUGUUGGGCGCAGUGCUGUUUCCUUUGCGAGUGUUCUUAGCUGCGCUUUUCUUCCUGAUCAUGUGGCCCAUUGCCAGCCUGCGGUUGGCUGGCCUGUCAGAGGCGGAACGGGCCGAGCCGAUACAGGGGUGGCGGCGCUGGCUGCUUCACACCCCCGUGCAGUUCCUGAGCCGUGCAGUCUUCUUCUCCCUGGGCUUCCUGUGGAUCAGGGUCAAAGGUCGCCAGGCGGGGCCGAAGGAAGCCCCCCUGCUGGCCGUGGCUCCACACAGCAGCUUCCUGGACAUCCUGGUCCUGGUGCCUGCAGGACUCCCCACUGUGGUGUCCCGCUCGGAGAACUGCAGCCUGCCUGUCAUCGGGGCUCUGCUGGAGUUUAACCAGGCACUGCUGGUGAGUAGGAAGGAUCCGGAGUCCAGGAAGCAGUGUGUGACCCAGCUCAGAGAGAGACUCACCUCCAACGGGCGCUGGCCUCAGAUACUCAUGUACCCAGAAGGCACCACUACAAACGGCACGGCACUCAUCAAGUUCAAGCCCGGGGCGUUCAUGGCAGGAGUCCCAGUGCAGCCAGUGCUGCUGCGCUACCCCAACAAGCUGGACACCGUACGCUGGACGUGGAAGGGGACGAGCUGGGUGCAGGCGUUGUGGUACACCACCUCUCAGCUUUACACCAAUCUGACUGUGGAGUACCUGCCAGUCUACACGCCCUCAGAGGAAGAGAAAGAAAAUCCCGCCCUCUACGCUGAGAAUGUGCAGAAACUGAUGGCUGAUGCUCUGGGGAUCCCUGCUACAGACUAUGUGAUGGAGAGCAGGAUGCCGGUCAGUAAGCUGGGCUGCGUAACGCUGCCGCUGGAGCCGCCCGCGAGAGACGCACUCAAACUGCUGCAGCAGGCGGGUGUAUCAGACAUGAAGGCCGUGCUGAAGCUGAUGAUUGACAGCUGUCACUCAGGACAGGAAGAGCGUGUCAGUGCAGAUCAGCUAGCCUCACUGCUGGGGCUCACAGACAGACAGACAGCCACAAAGAUCUGCACCCUCUACUCCAAGGGAGAGCAGGUGGAUCUCAGGCAGCUGGCUGUCAGUGUUGCUGCGAUCUCUGGCCUCUGGACUGUGGACUCUCUCAUUCACACUGCCUUCACUCUGUUUCAUGGGGGCUGUAAGGGCUGUCUCUCAGAAGCAGAGCUGGAACUCUUCUUUGGUGCGUUGGUUGGCUACCCUCAGCCUCACACAGCUGAGCUCUACAAAGAGAUGGCCAACAGGGGGCAGCCUACUCAAGACAACCUGCAGGCGUUACUCACAGAGCACGCCACCUAUCAGAGACUGUUUCCCGAGUACCUGCAGCCUGGGGAGACGGCCGCUCCGCCCUCAGCCAAUGGCGGGCCUGGCAGCCACAGCACGCCAGUGCAGAACGGAACUGCCGCCUCCAGGAAGAAAGCUGACUGAGCACGUCGGAGCCAAACCGGGAGACUGCAGAACACAGGGGCUCCGAGGAACUGCAGGAGACCUGUCCCCUGUGUGUCUGAGUGCGUCUUUUAGUACUGUGUGCGAGUGUA